GUAUUCCAAAUUAAGAAGACGCAAGUAUGGCAUUCACGGCGAUUAUGUUUCUGCUAGGUACUGCCACUACCGCUGGUUUGUUAGGAUUGGGUCAUUAUUUCACUCAUAUGGGCAAACACAAAAAAUUGGAGGUUGAGUGCGAUAUUUUCCAUGGCAGAUGGGAAUAUGAUGAUGCUGAUCCCUACCCUCUUUACUCUCCCCAUACUUGUCCAUUCAUAUCCAACCAAUUCGACUGCCAAAGCAAUGGUCGUCCUGACCAAGAUUAUAUCAAAUAUAGAUGGAAACCAUAUUCAUGCACUUUACCACCGUUCAAUGGUAAAAGGUUAUUGCAGAGAUUCGAAGGGAAACGAAUCAUGUUCGUUGGAGACUCAGUUGGAUACAAUCAAUGGCUUUCCCUCGUAUGCAUGCUCCAUUCGGCGGUUCCAAAAGCCAAAUAUCUUCUCGAGACCAAAGGAGGCCUUUCUACACUUACCUUCCCGGCACACAAUGUCUCGGUGAUGUUUUCGCGCAAUGAUUUUCUUGUUGACAUUGUUGACGACAAAAAUGAAAGAAUCCUAAAGCUUGAUUCAAUUAGGAAUGGAGGACAAAUUUGGAAGGAUGUUGAUGUGUUGGUCUUCAACACUUGGAACGAGGGGCUUCAAACUGGAAAGAAGCAAUCAUGGGAUUUCAUUGAAGAAGGCAACGCCAGGCACAAAGACAUUGACCGAUUGGCGGCUUUUGAAAAAGCCUUGAAUACAUGGGCCAAGUGGGUAAACUCCACCGUAGAUCCCAAGAAAACCAAGAUUUUGUUCCAGGGUGUUUCCCCAGAUCAUGCAAAUUCAAGAGAUUGGGCAGAUCCCAAUGCAAAGAACUGCAAAGGGCAGACAAGACCCGUGGCGGGGCAUAACUAUCCAGGAGGUCGACAUCGAGGAGAAGCUAUUCUGGACAAAGUAUUGGGCAGAAUAUCCAAAUCAGUUCGUUUACUUAACGUAACUGCACUGUCACAACUAAGAAAAGAUGGACAUCCUUCAUCCUACGGUAGCAGCAAAGGCGCCGUUGACUGCACCCAUUGGUGUCUUCCUGGAGUACCAGAUGCUUGGAAUGAGCUCUUAUCUGCAACUCUACUGCGCUACUAGACAUUGUUUGGCCUGAAAAAAGCUACACUACCUCUACCUCUAUGCCAACUUAACUCCUUCAAAUAAAACACAAGUAACUAAAAGCAUAAUAAAUUAAAGUUCAAUAAAGAUCUUAAUUAGUGAUUGUUAACUACAUAUGAAUAAUUAAUGUUCAGGAUUUUGCCAAGAAGAAAAUUUGAUGAUGAACGAUAUGCAUUCGGACAAGAUGGGUUCAAUAUAUACAUGCUUUACUAUUCUACUAUAUUAUUUUUGAAUGAAAAUCUCCUACCCCAUUUGGUGA